GCAAAUGCUGUCAUCAGUUCUCUCUCCUUGUCACAAGACGAACAGCUCUCCCCUGAGGAUAGGAAGGGACCUGGGAAACAGACAUGAAGUCCGUUGGGAGUCCGUCAUUCCUGCUAUUUUGUGCAUCAGUGUUCGUCCUGUCUGAUACCAGCUCCGAUUCUCCAAGGCCUCGGAUCCUUCAUGGAACAAAGGGCAUGCCUCUCACUCUGCCCGUGAUGACCCGCUUCCCGCUGCAUGGGGUCGACAUCCAGGGCAGCUGGUCCAAGACCAAGCCUGACCACUCGCACCUGGUGUCCUUUGAGAACGGUGGGGUCAUCAAGAAGAGGCUGUUGCGGAACAGGAUCUCCCUGAACCUCUCUGACGCCUCGCUGCUUAUCCACCGACUGGACGAGAGCUCGGAGGGGGAAUAUAAGCUGGAGCUGAACAUCGAGCUCUCAGAACACAACCACGAGCAGCUGAUGCACAAGGUGGAGACUGUGUAUGUGACUGUGGAUGUCCCUGUUUCAACACCAACUAUUGAGAAGAGGGCGGCUUAUGAACUCAUAGAGGACAGGGACAAUGUAACAUGGACCUGCUCAGUCACCAAUGGUACCAAGGUUCAGUACCAGUGGCUGAAGGACAACCUUCCCAUCAGACCAGACGAGAGACACAUUUUCUCAUCCACAAACAACACGCUGGUGGUCCAGCCUGUUCGCAAAGAGGACAUCGGCUGGUACACCUGCCUGGUCAGGAACUACAUCAGUAAGAGGCAGAGCCCAAGCGUGGACCUUAACAUUUACUAUGGUCCGUACAACCUGGCCAUAAAGUCUCACCAGGGUCUUAAGACUGGGGGGGUGUUUAUGGUGGACCCCAGUGAGGUGGUGCUUUUCGACUGCUUCGCUGACUCCAACCCGCCCAACAGCUGCGUGUGGAUCUCCAAAAAUGGCAACAGGACGGAAGUGGUCAUGACCGGCCUGCAGCUCGAGGUCAACCCACACGAGCUGGCCCAGGCCAAGGAGUUUGUGGUCCGAGCAUUCAACAAUGUCACCCAGAAAGAGGACGAGGCCCAGUUCCUUGUUGUGGCCAGCCCUGGCUCAGGAAAGCAAAAAUUGACUCAGAAGGAAACCUUCCUGUCUCCGCUGGCUGCCAUUACUCUUUGCUGUCCCCUCAUCAUCAUUGUUUGUGGUUUGUUGUUGUUCAAGAGGACAUGCCAUGCAAAGCAAGUCAUAAUUACGAUGAAAGACACCCUCUCCAAAAGGCCGAUAACAGAACAAAAGCGACCCCACCGUUCAGGCCAUGAAGAUGCGACUGAAGACUUUGGCAUCUAUGAAUUUGUUGCCAUACCUGAGAGAUUGGAUUCCACUCAGGCAUCAUGUAGAUCUCUGGCACACCCUGAAUCCACACAGGAUUUGCAUACCACUAUCUAUGAUGUCAUCAGACGGAUCCCAGAAACGCCCACUCUGAGCCUGCUGAAGUGAGGCUGGGCGGGCGGUAGACAGUGUUUAUAUGCGUUUAUAUGAGGUCAUUUCAAAUGUGACUUCAGUGGAAUAGUGAGAAUAGUGGCACCUGUACAGUGAAGCUGUGCUUCGCUUGAAUCCCUGGGUGUGUGUCUCAUGUUUGUCAUGUGUGCAAGAAUGGGUCUUGUCCCUGCACCAUUUCUGUAAGCUGACUUGAUGAACAUGGGAUGGUUGUGGUGAUUAAAAAAAACAACAAAAAAAAACAUAAUUUUUUUUGCUUAUUUCAGUGUUUCUGACAAAUAUAUUUAUUUAAUCGCAAAUUAAGGGUUCUCUUUAACUAUAUUUGUAUGUUUGUUUUGUAUUUUCUCUCAUUUGAUAUGAGUGCAUUUCAAUUCUGAGCAGGAAUUAUUUGAGGCAUAUGGCCAUGAGCUUUUCCAGGGCUAUUCUCUGUAGGAGUGAAAUAAGGAGAAUUUCACAUGAAUGGUUUAGCAACCAAAUGUGCCAAGUUGGAAUUCAUAUUGGCAGUAGACAUGUUUUGAAUAUGUUGAAUUCCCCUCUCCCUAGGCAAAAUCAUCUCUGCAAUAGAAAAAAACAUUUACAGUCCUAUAGACAUAUCUAUGUCUGAAUCACAGAUGUAAAUAAUAUAUACUUAUUUUAUAUUAUUCUGUAAUGCUUUAUUUUUUAAAGCUGUAACGACCGUCAUUAUACUUAUACUACUAAGACAACAGGUCUUCAGUGUUUUUGCUAUAUUUUACAUGCUCCGAGUGCAAGUGUACUGUAAUUGUCUUAAGACUUUGCUUUAUCUGCUAUUUUGUACAGCCACACUAAACAGAUGUGUGAUUUUCUAUCUGAAUAAAGAUUUAUAGCAAAUGUAA